GGCUUAAAACUUCUUAAAACAAACUAAAUUAGGAAUAUGUAAUUGGUGAUUGAAUUAUAGUUUAAAUUUAAUAAACAUAAUUUUACAAGCAAACCAUUGUUUGCAGAACCACCCUUUGAGGCUUCCAAACUAAGAGUUCAUUAUGGUAGUAAUUGCUUUAUAGCAUUUAUAUGCUAGGUGCUGUUUGGGCACUGCAUGUAUUAACGUAAAUAAUUCUCACAACAAUCCUAUGAGGUAGAGACUUAUCAUCAUAGUAUUGUACAGAACAGAGGCAGAGGAUGGUUAAGUAAUUUACCUGUAGCAGAGAUGGACUGCAGAUUCCGGUGCUCUUAACCACCUGUGAGACUGCCAAGAUGGAAUUAAACCAUUUCAAAGAACCCCUAACCCCUCGCUUUGGGUUUGAAAUAAUAGUGCUUUCAUGGUGUCUACACUCAAGGCAUUUUCCCUCUCCGUACCAAGCCAGAAACUAGUACCAAGUGUCUUCAUUGCUCCCUUUUCCCACAGUCUGGCUUCAGGACCUUCUCACUUCUCGGAGGGUGAGAGGCUUUAGUGUUUGGAAGUAAUUGCGAAGGCGCCAGCGUCCCCCAGGUGGAGUAGUGCUAAAUUUCUGGCAACUAAUGGGCUUUGAGGAACAGGGGGUUCAGCCCAAUGAGGCUCCAAGCUGAGUCAUGGGUGGAGCCAGUGGAGAGGGUGGAACGGAGUCCCUGCUGGGUGCCUACUGUGUGCAGCAACCAGCUUACCUGAGCGGAGCCAUGAGUUGGACCUGCCCACGUUGCCAGCAACCCGUUUUCUUCGCAGAGAAGGUGAGCUCCCUGGGCAAGAACUGGCACCGCUUCUGCCUGAAAUGUGAGCACUGCCACAGUGUCCUGUCCCCAGGAGGGCAUGCAGAGCACAAUGGGAGGCCGUAUUGCCACAAGCCAUGCUAUGGGAUUCUCUUCGGACCCAGUGGGGUGAACAUUGGUGGUGUGGGCUCCUACCUCUACAACUCCCCCAUUCUCACCCGUGCCAACACCACUCCCCUCCACCCCAGCAGUUUCAGCCCCCCAAGGCCCAGGACUGGCCUCCCCCAGCGCAAGAAAAGCCCUUGCCACAUGAAGACAUUCACUGGGGAGACCUCGCUGUGCCCUGGCUGUGAGGAACCUGUCUAUUUUGCUGAGAAGGUGAUGUCUUUGGGCAGAAAUUGGCACCGACCCUGUCUGAGGUGCCAGCGCUGCCGGAAGACUCUGACUGCUGGGAGUCAUGCUGAGGUGAGCAAUGGAGGGAUGGGUGGUUAUGCUGGGAGGAGAGAGGCUGGAGAUAGGAAAAGAGCCAAGCUGAGAGUGCUCUCUUUCUCUCUGUGUCCCAGCAUGACGGCGUCCCCUACUGCCACAUCCCCUGCUACGGCUACCUGUUUGGCCCCAAAGGUGGGCAGCCCCACCCUAGACACUGGGCUUAAAGUAUGGCAUGUGGGUCUGUGGGGAUGUGUGGACAACUUCCCCUGUACUCAGAUAUAUCCCAGGUCCCUCCCAGUUCCCUCCAGCCCUAAGCCCAGUACCCCCUGGCCCCAAGGCCCUGAGUGAUGAGGCUCUCUCCCUCAGGUGUGAACAUUGGUGAUGUGGGCUGCUACAUCUAUGACCCUGUGGAGAUAAAAUCCAAAUGAGAUGCUUACAGAAGUCACCCUAACUCAGGCCUCCCAUCAUCCCCUCCAUGAUCCAAUGGGAGCUACAGAAUUCUUCAAUCCCAUGGAGGUAGGGGAAGAUGGGAUUCUGGCAGCGUGGGCCUCAGCUCCGUAGCAGACCAGAAAGUCUAUACUUUCUCUGCCAACUCCUCCCUUUCUCAUUCCUAUCUGCUCAGGGGAACUGGUCCACCCCAUUUUGAAUGUUGGCCUCUUGUCCUUUCCAGUUCCUUUCCCCAGCAAAUUCUAUAACUUCAAGGUACUCAUAAAACUUGUGUUUAUUCAGCCUUCUCCAAUAAAAUGUUGGCUCCCA